ACGUGGGCGAUAACCGUAAAGGACGGUGGAUGCAGAUAGAUUAGAACAUUCGGGUUUCGAUCGACUCCCGUGGAACGCGACUGUAGGAAAAACCACCGCCGAGCGAAACCACCCCUUGUCAAGUGUCAGUAGCGAGCCGUCUGUCCAUGCUAUUGCACGAGUUUCCGUUUAUCCGUGUUGAUGGUACGCGUUCGUUCAAAGUGAAAGAGAAAUAAUUUAAAGAAACGUCGAGGUGGAUUUCGGCCGACGGGAUAACUUUGUACGAUCCGUGCAAUUUUCGAAUGUUGACGAAUGGUGCUUAUGAAAAAUUCGUCGCCUUCCCGAGGCGAGAGAGAAAAUGCGAAGAAGGAUAAGGGGAAGGGUCGAUCCCGCGGCAACAGCCCAGCGGAUCAUACUACUUCCAGGGGAAGUAGUCCAGGAAAGAGCAGUUCCAGUGUCAGGGUAAUCAACAAAGACAGUUUGUUGCAGUCUCGUGGAAGCGAGACGGGCAGCAUCGAAAGGCUGGUAGAUGGUGACAAGAGAGUGAUUGCCACUAAGCAUUUGCUUCCAGAGAAUAACAUAAAUGUCGUUGUUAGAGUUCGUCCACUUAGCAGUAAAGAAAUCAAAACCGGCGACAGCAUGGCUGUACAAUUUCCUGGAGACGGUCAGAUAUACUGCGAAGGGUCUCCGAACAGCGGUGACAAGAAGGGCAAAUUAUUUUCUUACAAUGUAGUGUUCGAGCCCACGGCCACUCAGGAGGACAUUCUGCAGUUCUGCGGGGUGAAGAAACUGAUAGAAAUGGCAGUGGAGGGAUUCAGCUGCACCGCGUUUUGUUACGGGCAAACUGGUAGUGGGAAAACUCACACCCUCACGGGACCUCCGGAAAUGUUUGACAGGAUGAAUCCUUAUUCGGAGGAACAAGGCCUGGUCUUCCGGUCCUUUGUCUACCUAUUUAAAUUAUUGCAAGAACGGCAAGGGUGCAAUUUUGUGUUGAAAGCCUCGUUCCUGGAGAUUUACAAUGAGAAGGUAAUAGAUCUGUUGAAUCCUGGAACCUCCAGGAAACCUUUGAUGGUACGGUGGAGCAAGAAGACGCGAGGUUUCUUUGUAGAGAAUCUUUUUACGGUUGAAUGCGAGGAACUAGACGACCUCCUAGCUGUUCUCGAAGAAGGGAUGAGGAACAGAUCCGUCGGUGCGCACAACAUGAACGAUCACUCUAGCAGGAGUCACAGUAUCCUCACCGUCAGUAUCACCUCCGAGCAACAGACGGACAGCGUGUUCAUUUCGAGGCAAGGGAAAAUUAAUUUCGUCGAUCUAGCAGGAAGUGAGAUGACGAAGAAGACGCAAAGCGAAGGGAAAACUCUGGAGGAGGCGAAUAAUAUCAACAAAAGCUUGAUGGUUCUAGGGUACUGCAUAGCUUCUUUGAGCGAUGGAAAACGCAAGGGUGGUCACAUUCCAUAUCGGGAUAGCAAGCUGACUAAACUACUGGCUGAUAGUCUGGCCGGGAACGGCGUUACAUUAAUGAUCGCGUGCGUCUCGCCAGCCAGGUCAAACGCGAGCGAAACGUUAAACACUUUACGAUACGCUGCGAGGGUGAAGAAAAUUCGGACGAAGCCUAUCGUAGUAAUGGAUCCGCGAGAAGCUCUGAUUCUCAGCUUGAAACGAGAAGUGGGAGCACUUCAAACGGAGAACGAGCAUUUAAGGGCUGCACUUCAUUUGAGUGGCGAUGCCUCGAACAUCGUUCGCAGCGAAUCCAAAGCCGAGAGGAGGAUGCCUGUGACACCUCCAGUAGUAGACUUGAAUAAACUGUCUGAAAUGGAGCGACCAGAAUUGAGUCAAUUGAUCCACGCGUACAUCACCGAGAACGAGGCGCUCCGUCGCGAAAACGCGGAGUUGUACGCCACCAGGGAACAGGUGAUACGGGACCAGGAACUCGUCUGCAGAGAGAAUGAGAGAUUAUUGAAGAAACUCGAGGAUGUGAACUCAUUUUAUUACUGCAGGGUUUGUUGCCGGUCACCGAUCAUACCUGCCAGACCCACCUAUUCGGCGGAAAUGUUGGACAAUAAUGAAGACGCACCUGGAGCGACUAACGUCUGGACCAACCCCAACGUUGAGCCGACGCCACUUUCAAGCGAUUUGAUUAGGCGUGGAUUAUACAGAUCUGCGAGUAGCAUGCCAGAGAAGAUACAAAAGGAAUUGGAUAAACGCAGGAUCGUAGGAAGUUAUAAUAACAUAGCGGAAGCAUACAAGGAUAAAAGUCAUCAUCGCCGACAUAAUUCGUGGGAUAAUGGGAACGGCACGAUUCGAAUGAGUCCGGAUCAACCUGUGUCUCCGAUAGACGUAAAUCAGUACAAGAGGACUAGCAUACGCCGCACAUCGACGGUCCCUGAAGAGCGAAGACCUUCGGAAACUAACGAUCUCCUAGGCGAACCGGUUCAACCGACCGAUCAUUCGUUCAACGAAUCCCCCGACUCGAUUCUGAGCGGCCCCUUGGAGAUGGCGAAUUCCACGCCGGACACGGCCGAGUCAGACGCACCGACGGCUCCGUUUCCAGGGGUGUCACACACUUCGUCGCCGUUCGGUUCGUUGGAAGACGAGCGAGACAAUUCGGCGAGGACGCCGAGGAAAUCUAAAGAAAAAGAGGAAGAGGCUACCCAAAGGGCGUUUGGAAGCCCCAUUCCGGUCGACGAAGACAAACCACUUUGAAUCCAGAAAGCACGAUAGUCAAUUUUAUAUUCUGAUCGAUUGUAGACGAAGCAGUGGAGAAUUUGACGGGAAUUAGCUAACCAUUUACCGAGGGCAUAAAUUAUUUUGAACAGGUGAUUGAAACUGGAUGGAGAAUGUAUACAUAUAUAUAUGUAUGUUUCGAUUGCUGUAGGAGAAAUGUUAUAUAUGUUAUAGUUUCUUUUAGUACUUUAUAAAAAGGCCAGAAGAAAUUCGGUACAAAAACAUGUUUUCGAAGUAACAAAAAAGAUAGAAUAUGUGUAGUUGAGGUUCGUUCCCGCGUA